UCACUGAUACAGAAUCACUAGAAGCCCUUCUAGGUCCUGGCGAGGCGAUGCCAGGCCCGAAGACUGUGCUUGCUCUAGUGAUAAUAAGUAAUAGGCCAGGCUGCUACCGUUGUGAGGCGCCCGGCGUACCAUCGAACGUCACAACAAUGUGCUGCGUCUUGUGUUCCUCGAUGCGGUUUCCGUUUCCGAGUUCAUGACAUCCGCCACGUGCGUUUGAGUCGACUCAAAAGCAGUUUCCGAGUUCAUCACAUCCGCCACGUUUCCCUGUCGUUUCGCUCCUCGGGACGAACUUUUCCAUACGCCAGUUUAUGGACAGGCGCAUUCUACUACCUUAGGCACGCCCCGCCAUAGUCUGACUCCGGGGCCGUCGGCGACCACCCACUAAUUAUCCGCUGCCCAGUGAUUCACGCGAUGCGGUCGUCCUCGGGUCGCACUAGUGCGGGGGCAGUCGGAUCGGGCUUCACGUCGCCGCGCGAUGCCGACGCGGCUGAGGCGCGUCGCCUCCAACGCGCCGCGCUGUUGCAAGCUCGCGGCGGGCCUAACUCCAUGGAGAAGCGAUUCCUGCGCUUUAUAUCGGGUGCUUAGAAUCCCCGCAUUUGCCGCAUUCGCUGCACUUGGUGCAUUCGCCGCAAUCGCCACAUUUGCCGCAUUUGCUGCAUUUGCUGCCUUUCGCAUCCCUAUACAAGACAUCCCUGCAUGUCACUAGUUGCUGCCCUAUUCCCGUUACAGGCUUCCCUGCGUCUAGCUACAGCACUUCAGCUCGUCGUGCCCUUCGUUCUUCUCUUCCCUUUCUCCCUCUUUCCUCUUAUCCCCUCCCCACCACAGCAAGAACCUUCCUGGACGUUGCCACGACGAGCUCGGUCGCGACCAUCCCCCCUCCCCUCCUCCCCCCUCCCCGCUACUCUUGACUUGGCUGAAAAAACGCGUGAUUUGAAAAAAAGGAGAAAAAACGAGAAAAAAACGCCACCUUUUUUUCCUCUCUCCCGUUCCUCCCAUCCCUCACCCGCGCCCCACUCCAGCCGGAACCUUCCUGGAUUCUGCCACCAUGAGCUCCGUGGCCCCCAUUCUCCCCGGCUACGCGCGUCGCUUCACCCUCUCGCAGCGCGCCGUCACGCUCCUGCUCGCCGCGCGCAACCUCACCUCCCUCGUCGCCUCGCUCCCCAUCGGCGUGCUCCUCCUCCUCCUCUCUGUCCCCACCAUCUUCGCCGCCACCUUCUCUCUCUCCACCCUCGCCUCUCUCUCCCUCGCGUUUCCCAUCGCUGGGGCGGGGUCGCUCGCCGCUGCCCUGGUGCUUCAGGGGAUUGUCACCCAAUCCGUGCACAGCCUCGGGCUUUUUUUUGCUGCCCGGGUUUGCGGGUCCGGCGCGUCGUUGGACGAGGUGGUGGACCAGCUGGCGCAGAGGGGCAGCGAGGGGCUGCACAAACUUUUGGGCUCGGGCAGGUUGUGGACUGCCCGGGGCAGAACGUCCUUAAGUUAUGGUUUAGUGGGGGAUGGGAGGAGAGGGACGAGCAACCUCAGCGGCAUAAGCAACACCCCUUACGAGCGACUCACCCCUUCCCAGCAGCAGCAGCAGGAGGAAGAGGAGGAGGAGGAGGAGCAGCAGCAGCAGCAGCCGGAAAUAGAGGGUCAGGGUUGGAGGGAGUUUUCAGGAGGAAUGGGGCCCGAAAUGAGAGCAAGAGGGGGGCGUUGAGAGCAAGGGGGAGGGGAAGAGGAGGAGGAAGACGAGCAGGAGGGAGAGGGGAGCGAAGAGCGCAAGUUGGAGGGGUCGGUGCUCCAGGUUCGGCCGGAGGCGGAGGCGGAGGUUCGGCAUCCGAGGGUCUGUUCGUGGUUCGGAGCAGCGACCAGGUGUUCCGAUCCGCAGCAGCGGACUACUCCCUCACGGGUACCCACUUCCCCACCGCCUUUGCCGAUGGCAUGGAUGGCAGCAGCGGCGUGAACACCCCCACAUCGGGCCCUUCUGCUUCGUCCUCUGAGUCCUCUCUGCUUAUCGGGGUGAUCGGGUCGUUGCUGGGGUGGGCGUCGCUGGGCGCGCUGAUCGGCCCGCUGUUUGGCUCGUUUGCGUACCAGUACCUUUCCCCGUGGAUCGCCUAUCUACUUGCGGCGGUCGCUGCGGCGGUGCUCGCAUUCCUCUCCUUCCUGCUCUCCCCUGAAGCGCAUUCUCUCGACCACCUCGAGUUUCAGCUCCGCUGGCGCAAGAAGCAGCAGCAGAAGCAGCAGCAGGAGCAGGGGGAGAAUCCAGCCUCUUACUCUCUCGCAAAUACCUCCUCAUCCUCCUCCACCCCUGCGUCCGAUCCUGCAUCUGCUACUGCUGCUGCGUUUCGCAUGGCCACAGUAGAACCAGACCCGGACUCCAUUGUCGAUCCAAGUUUCCAGGCAGGCAGCGGGCAGGUGACGGUAAAUUUCCAGGCGCUAGGGGUAGAACCGCCUCCGGAACCUUCCGACCUGCCUGACUCGUUCUUCUCGUCGUUUGCGUCUCGCCAGGAUGAAGGUUCAGAUGGCCCUUCAGGUUACCUCUCAGGUGAUCCCUCAGGGGAAGCGGAUGAUGAUGGUGGAGGCUUUUCAUUGACGCGGAGAUUUGAACCCAUGACCUUUGCCUCCAGCUCCGCAGCUGCUGCUGCUCCACUGCCUGCCACUGCAUAUGAUCCUGCUGCUGCGGCAGCAGCUAACGCUACAGCUGCUCUUGCUACAGCUGCUCCUGCUACAGCUGCUCCUGCUACAAGUUCUGAAGCGGCUGCAUUUGCUUCUGCUGCAGCUGGCCCCACCCAUGCCCCUCGAUCAGCCCCUCGAUCAGCCCCUCGAUCAGCCCCUGCUCCUUCCCCUGCUCCUUCCCAGGAUCAGCAAGCCACUCCACAGCCCGGCACCUCUGAUCCUCAGGCGCCCCUUCCCUCUACCCUCGUCCCCCUCAUCCGCCCUCCUAACCCCGCCCCUGGCACGGCCCAUCUGCCUCCUUCAGCCCCUGUUGCCCCAGCAGCUGCGGCCGAUGCUGCUCCUCGCACUGCUGUUGAUGCUGCAACUUCUACAGCUGCGGCUGCUGGUGCUGUUGCUGCAGCAGCUUCUGCUGCUGGUUCUGCUACCACUGCUACUGGCGUUACUGCUGUUACUGCAGCAGUUGUUACUGAUGCAAGAGUACCAGUUGCUGCUGCCGCUGCAGGUGAUGCUGCAAGCACAGAGGCGGACGGAGGGGAGUGGCAGGAGGUGCCUCUAUCAGGGGAAAGCACUCCGGUGGCUGUUUCCACCAUGGGCCAUGGGCAGCAUGCCCUUGACCACCAUGCCAUGGGCCACCGGCAGCAUGGCCUUGACCACCAUGCCAUGAGCCAUGGGUCGUCGGCAGCAGCUGAAAGAGGGUUUGACGCAGGGUGGGGAGAAGGCCAGGUUACAGUGCCAGCAGGGGCGGGGAUGACUGCAAGAGGCGCAGCAGCGGGUGCUGCAGAGCCUGCUGCUGACAUCAUCGAGAGGGCUUUUAAUAUUGGGGGGGCGGCAGUACAAGCUCAAUCAAUAACUCCACCGCCUCUGCUCCCGUCAUUCCCUCGUCAUCCACCAGCACCACCAGCACCACCAGCACCACCAGCACUGCAGCAAGGAGUCAAAGCGCCCCUGCCAUCCCCCUCCUGUUGCCAUCCCCUCUUCCUUGUCUGCUGCAGUAACCUCAGUAGGUGCUCCCACCAGCAAUGCCUCCCACCCUACUGCCAGAUCCAUUGCGCAAGGGCUUGCUACAGCUGGCACCGCCAGCUCAGCUGCCGACAUCAGCAGCAGCUACAGCAGCGCAUACUCUGGUAGUGCCACCGGUGCUGGCAACACCUUUGGCAGAACCAGCAGCAG